AAGAAGAAUUGACGUCACUUCCUCUUCCGGGUCUCGUGGAAGAAACGUUAUUGGAACGGAGCGGCUAAUCAGAAAGUUUUAAAGAAAUUUUCAGGCCUUACGAGAUUUAUACAUUUAAAAUUGGAUUCUUUUUGUGGACAAUUUAUAAAAUAAACAAAUUAAAGACGAUUGUAGGGAAAACUGAGAGGGCUGCAGGAUGUCUCUACCCAAGCGGGAGGUGGAGGAGUUGAGACCGUGGGUGGAGCGCACUGUGAAGAAGGUGUUGGGGUUCUCAGAACCCACGGUGGUCACUGCAGCUUUACACUGUGUGGGGAAAGGGUUGGACAAGAGGAAGACCAUAGACCAGCUGCGUCCUUUCCUCGAAGACUCAGCUGGUGGAUUUGUGGAGCGUCUUUUUGAAGCUCUUGAGGAAAGUAGAAGCAGCCGUGGCAGCAAAGGAUCUGGAGAUAAGAACCGGAAGAGAGAACUGAAGGAUGUAUUUGGAGAGGAGCCUGACUCUGGUGCAAAGAGGGAAACAUCUGAGGCAGCUGAUGGGACGGUAGUAAAGCGAAAGCGGACACCGCGGUUUCAAGAAGUGGAGGAGCCUGAGGUCAUACCAGGACCUCCGUCUGAAAGCCCGGGCAUGCUCACCAAACUGCAGAUCAAGCAGAUGAUGGAGGCUGCCACCAAACAGAUAGAAGAAAGAAAGAAACAAUUGAGCUUUACCUCUCCAGUCUCUUCUGCAACAUCCCAGUUGGAUGGCUCGCGGCUUCUCGGUGCUGCUGGCGCCUCGUCUGUUGCCCCUUCACAGGCUGCCAGUUUUAUGAAUGAUGCCAUUGAAAAAGCCCGCAAGGCCGCAGAGCUGCAGGCCCGCAUUCAGUCCCAGUUAUCCGUGAAGCCCGGAAUCCUGGGAGCCUUGGGAAACACCGGGCCUCACAACCUGGUGGCGCUGGCUAAUCUACACGCCAUGGGGAUUGCUCCACCUAAAGUGGAGAUUAAGGAGGUGAACAAACCAACUCCUCUCAUUCUGGAUGACAAGGGCAGAACUGUUGAUGCCACUGGCAAAGAGAUUGAACUUACGCACCGCAUGCCCACACUCAAAGCCAAUAUACGAGCGGUAAAGAGGGAGCAGUUUCGUCAGCAACUGAAGGAGAAACCUGGUGAUGAUUUGGAGUCGACGUCAUACUUUGACAACCGUGUGCUCAUCACGCCCGCCCAGCGCACGCGCAGAGGCUUCAGAUUUCACGAGCCCGGGCGCUUCGAGAAGAUUGCUCAGAGAGUUAGAACUAAGGCCCAGUUGGAGCGACUUCAGAAUGAGAUUUCCCAAGCUGCUAAAAAGACAGGAAUUCAGGCUUCCACCAAACUGGCGUUGAUUGCUCCUAAAAAGGAGAUUGGAGAUGGGGAUGUGCCGAGUAUUGAGUGGUGGGACUCCUUCAUAUUGCCCUCCAACAUACCCUUCAAACCGGAAACAAAGUUUGAUAAUUUGGAAUUUUUCGGAGUAACCAACCUGGUAGAACAUCCUACGCAAAUGAGGCCUCCUGUUGACACGGAUAAACCAGUAACUCUGGGUGUAUAUUUGACAAAGAAAGAACAGAAGAAACUGAGGAGACAAACGAGGAGGGAGGGACAAAAAGAAGUGCAGGAAAAAGUCCGUCUUGGAUUGAUGCCCCCACCAGAACCUAAAGUUCGUAUCUCCAACUUGAUGAGAGUCUUGGGGACGGAGGCAGUUCAGGACCCCACCAAAGUAGAGGCUCAUGUGAGAGCACAGAUGGCAAAAAGACAAAAAGCUCAUGAGGAAGCCAAUGCAGCUCGAAAGCUUUCAACAGAGCAGAGAAAAGAGAAGAAGGUCAAAAAGUUGAAAGAAGACCUCACUAAUGGUGUUCACAUUGCAGUGUACAGAAUCCGUAACCUGACAAAUCCUGCAAAGAAGUUUAAGGUAGAGGCUAAUGCAAACCAGCUGUACCUGACUGGCACCGUAGUUCUGCACAGAGAUGUUAAUCUCGUUGUUGUGGAGGGAGGGCCCAAAUCCCAGAAAAAGUUCAAGAAACUGAUGAUGCAUAGAAUCAAAUGGGUAGAACACAGUAGUAAAAGAGAUGAUCCCGAUGUUGAUGAUGACACAAAGAGAAACAACAAGUGUUGGCUGAUUUGGGAGGGAACAGCUAAAGAUCGAAGUUAUGGAGAGAUGAAGUUCAAGCAGUGUCCCACAGAGAGCAUGGCCCGAGAACACUUCAAGAAGCACGGCACAGAACAUUACUGGGACCUUGCCCUUAGCCAUAGCGUGUUGGACGGCACCGAUGAUUGAAACCUUGGAGGGGGGAGAGUUGUUUCAAAUGAUGACUGGCACCUUCAAACGUGCAGACCUGCUGCCUCACAAUAGCCAGUCCUCACUGUUGACCACUAAGGGGAAGGAACAAAGACUCAAUUAAGAGACUUCAACAGGAAACACAUUAAACCUGUUCUUCAAAGAAAGAGUGAGCUGCUGGGUGUAAAUGGCAAUGUAUGUAGUUUUGCAUUUAGUUGAUUCAUCAGAUGAAAGUCUGUCCUGUUCAGACUUUAACUGGUCUGGUUUGGUUCACGAGAAACUGUAUUUUGUUUCAUAUUGUUUUGAUUAAUUGGGAAUAAAGUCCUAAUGACAACACAACAUCACAAAGUUGACAUUUUAUUUUUUUUAAUUUGCUUUUAAAACCUGACUUUUAGUCAUAUUUCACACAUUUUUUUAAAUGUUUGACCAUGCAGUGCGUCGACCCGUAUCCACACAGGUUAGCCAUAUUCCCCUGUAACAUUUAAGACUGCCUUAAUUAAAAAAUGUACAAAAAAA